AUGUGGAUAGCUCCAAGCUUCUAUUUCAACCAGGUAAUUAAGGAACGUUCUGGUUCUGGUUCAGGAUCUCAGCAUGGGCCUUCUCCCUUUAAGAGACCAACGUUCCAAGACGAGCAAAGGAUAAGUCAGUCUACAAAAAAUCCUCUGAUAAAUAAAGAAACUGGAAAUAUUUUUUACAAGACCCGGUUGUGCAGGAAAAAAAUGCAGGGUAAUUGCCCAAAAGGGAAGAAAUGUACCUUUGCUUAUGGCUUGGAAGAGCUGCAUGAUCCACCGCAAAAUUGGGAAGAAUUGGUGCAUGCUAAAAGUAAACGGGCAUCGGAUAAUUAUCCAAAAACACCAGGUGGGCUGAUACUUUAUAGGUAUUUUUUUGCUGGAAACGAAUGCCCAUAUGGGAAAAACUGCUCUUACCUACAUGAAAGUCCAAAAGAAACGGAGAUGGCAAGGUCCCUGCCUAUGAAUUUAUCUGCACCAAUCAUUUAA